CGGUCGCGUGCUUCAAUUGCGUCUGUAUGUGUGUGCUUGUGCGAGUUAAGCUUGCUCGGGCCAGGCGUGUUUUUAUUUCUUUUUUGUUAAGUUUUUCGUUUAACUAUAAAAUAGUUGCGUAAAUCAAAAGCUUUUCGCAGUUUUGAUACCAGCAUCAUGUCAAACUGCAGCGCCCGUAGCAGCAACGAGGGGCAGGCAAAGGGGGAGCAGCAACAUGUGCGCCAAGUUCAAUACGACGGCACGACAACACCACCGACUUCGAUAGCCGAAUGCAAGGAGCUGACCGGUUUAACCCACGAGUGUGGCGUAUUUGGCGCAAUUGCUUGCGGAGAUUGGCCCACGCAGAUAGAUAUCGCACAUGUUGUCUGUCUGGGUCUGGUGGCUUUGCAACAUCGGGGCCAAGAAUCGGCUGGCAUUGCUACGAGCGAGGGCAAAUCUGGAAAGAACUUUAAUGUUCAUAAAGGCAUGGGCAUGAUCAGCACCCUUUUCAAUGAAGAAAGCAUGAAAAAGUUGCGUGGCAAUCUGGGCAUUGGGCAUACACGGUACUCCACGGCUGGAGGAUCGGAGGUGGUCAAUUGCCAGCCAUUUGUGGUGCACACAGCUCAUGGACCUUUGGCCUUGGCCCACAACGGCGAGCUGGUGAACAAUGAGUCUCUGCGGCGCGAGGUCCUUACACGUGGUGUCGGCCUCUCCACACAUAGCGACAGUGAAUUGAUAGCUCAAUCAUUGUGCUGUGCACCCGAGGAUGUAUCGGAAAACGAUGGUCCCAACUGGCCGGCACGCAUUCGUCACUUUAUGACGCUGGCACCGCUCUCCUACUCCCUUGUCAUCAUGCUGAAGGACAAGAUAUAUGCUGUACGGGAUACCUAUGGAAAUCGGCCUCUGUGCAUUGGCAAGAUUGUGCCCAUUAAUGCGGGGCAUGGUGCAAGCGCGGAGACACGAGCCGAUGGCUGGGUGGUGUCCAGCGAGAGCUGUGGCUUCCUCUCGAUUGGCGCUCGUUAUGUGCGUGAAGUCGAGCCCGGCGAGAUUGUGGAGCUGACUCGCAGUGGCUACCGAACUGUGGAUAUUGUGGAAAGGCCGGACUUCAAACGCAUGGCCUUCUGCAUAUUUGAGUAUGUCUACUUUGCCCGUGGUGACAGCAUCUUCGAGGGUCAGAUGGUCUACUCGGUGCGCAUGCAAUGCGGUCGACAGUUGUGGCGUGAGGCCCCCACCGAGGCCGACAUUGUGAGCUCAGUGCCUGAGUCUGGAACGGCGGCAGCACACGGAUAUGCCCGCGAAUCCGGUCUAGAAUUUGCCGAAGUGCUCUGUCGCAAUCGCUAUGUGGGACGCACUUUUAUACAGCCGUCGACGCGUUUGCGACAAUUGGGUGUGGCCAAGAAAUUCGGCGCUCUUUCGGAAAAUGUGGCCGGCAAGCGACUGGUCUUAAUCGACGACUCAAUAGUCCGUGGCAACACCAUUGGACCCAUCAUCAAGUUGUUGCGCGAUGCCGGCGCCAAGGAGGUGCAUAUACGCAUUGCCAGUCCACCGCUGCAAUAUCCAUGUUACAUGGGCAUCAAUAUACCCACUCGAGAAGAGCUUAUCGCCAACAAGCUGGACGCCAAGCAGCUGGCUCGUCAUGUGGGCGCUGACACGCUCCAAUACUUAAGUGUUGAGGGACUUGUUCAGGCGGUCCAGUUAAAGCGACAGACGAGCGGAGGAGGGGAUAAGAGAAUGACGGGUCAUUGCACUGCUUGCUUAACUGGUGAAUACCCCGGCGGGUUGCCCGACGAGCUGAGCUGGUGAGCUCACAACUCACGCCUCUCUUUUUUGUUUACUAAAAGCCAUUAUCCAUAAUCCAUUCCAUAUAACUACUAUCGACCAUUCUCCACCAGACACAACGAAAACAAUACGAAUCUUCAACAGUAUAAAAGCCUUAAGAGCGCUGCUCAAAUUUCUGUCACAAAUUUUUUAAUUUGCAUUUAGUAUCCGAUUUCGGAUAAAAGCUCGAAUACUAUACGUAGUUUUUUGUAUCUAUACACACUUAUUUCCAUAGCCUUUAAGUAAAAUGUAGGGCCUAGGAACCCAGCUAUCUAAAUAUAGAUCUUUGACAAUUGCAUUGUUUAUAGUUUUAGUACUUUGUAGAGCCUACGAAUGCCAAUAAAAAAAUUACAAUUAGCAAAGACUAAGACAACUAA